GGGGUAGGACCAUAAGCACACGCUCGGUAGCAGCAGCUUGAAUCCAAAGAGAGAGAAGAUGUCGGGUCAGACGCUGACGGACCGCAUCGCCGCGGCGCAGUACAGCCUGACGGGAUCCGACGUCGCCCGAGUUGUGUGUAAAGCCACCACACAUGAACAGACCGCUCCGAAGAAAAAGCACCUGGAAUACCUGAUCCAGGCCACCCAGGAGACCAAUGUGAACGUCCCCCAGAUGGCAGACACUCUGAUGGAGAGGGUCGGCAACGCCAGCUGGGUGGUGGUCUUCAAGGCCCUGAUCACCACACAUCACCUCAUGGUGAAUGGCAACGAGAAAUUCCUGCAGUUCCUGGCAUCUAGAAACACCUUGUUCAACCUCAGCAACUUCCUGGACAAAACUGGCUCCCACGGCUACGACAGUUCCACCUUCAUCAGGCGCUACAGCCGCUAUCUCAACGAAAAGGCCUUCUCCUACAGACAGAUGGCUUUUGACUUUGGUCGUGUCAAGAAAGGAGCUGACGGAGCGAUGAGGACCAUGUCAGUGGAGAAGCUGUUGAAAGGAAUGCCCACCCUGCAGAGCCAGAUCGACGCGCUGCUGGAUUUUGAAGUGCAAGCACCGGAUCUGAACAACGGGGUGAUAAAUGCCUGCUUUCUCCUCCUCUUCAAAGAUCUGAUCAAGUUGUAUGCCUGCUACAACGACGGCAUCAUUAACCUGCUAGAAAAGUUUUUCCAGAUGAAGAGAAGCCAGUGUAAAGACGGGCUGGAGAUCUACAAAAGAUUCCUGACACGGAUGACUCGGGUUUCAGAAUUUUUCAAAAUCGCUGAGCAAGUGGGAAUAGACAAAAAUGACAUACCUGAACUCACUCAGGCCCCAGAAAGUCUCCUGGAGUCCCUGGAGACCCACCUUAACACACUGGAGGGGAAGAAGCCAGAGGAUAAGUCGCCCACUAAGCAGGAUGCGACAGCCAACAACAGCGUGCCGGCGGCAGCUGCUGCCGCUGUUGCGCCGGCCAGGCGUGCCCCUCCUACUCCUGGCGGCGGGCCCCCAGCUCGCCCCGGGCCACCUGCCAAGCCUCCUCCGCCCUCUGUCACCCCCACCGCGGCAGCCCCCACCGUCACUCCUAUCAGCAACGCUCUUGAUGAUGGCUUCUUGUUGGAUCUAGACCCCAUAUCCUCAUCAGCAAAGGGUGCAGCAGCAACUUCCUCCACGACUGGAUGGGGAGAUCUUUUGGCUGAGGCAGCUCCGCCUGCAGCUGAUGAAGCCUCUGAAGCUCUCCUGGCGGAGGGAGAAUCUGAUGCUGCUGCUGCAGUAGCGGCUGCCCCUGCACCUCCCGCACCCAAAGCCGCUGCCGCUGCCACUGCCGCUGUCACUGCCACUUCCGCUGCAGCCACACCGGCACCCGCCACGCUGCCCGUCACAGCUCCAGCCUCAGCUGCUGACUUGGACCUUUUCGGAGAUGCGUUUGCACCUUCCCCAGGAGACGGUCCUGCCGCCGCGGGCCCUGCUGCCGAUGCAUUUGCUGGAUCUGACCCCUUCGCUACAACGGAGGGGAGUGCGGCCAUCGCUCAAGAGCUGGACCUGUUCGCCAUGAUGCCCACCGACACAGAGGCCUCCGCCGUCACCCCUCCCACCUCUAGUGAGGCGCCGACCAUCGUCGCUCCCAUCGCUGCUCCCGCUGCCCCCGCUGCUCCCGCUGCCCCCGCUGCCCCCACCCUUUCUUCCACCACCACCACCACCACCACCACAACCACCACCGACACCACCACCACCACAGAGUCUGCAGCCGCUCCGACUCUAGAUAUCUUUGGUGAUAUGUUUGAUUCUAUGCCUGAGCAAAGCCCUACCACAGAGUCCAAAGCAGCUACCACUCCUAGCGUAGACCUUUUUGGUGCAGACCUGCCUGCUGUUUCACGCGGGCCGUCUCCUUUGCCCGAGCUGCCUCCGCCUGGAGACAUUGUGACCGACUCAUUCGCAUCUCCAGGUCCUGGUGCCGCCGACGUCGCUCCCGUCAUUGCUGCCGUCGCAGCCUGCAGCCCAGAGGCCUCCUCUCCUCCCAAAGCAGAGCCCGCCCCCGUCAUUGACCUGCUGGACUCCUUCGGCAGCCCUGUGGAGGAGACGCAGAGCUCUGCUCCUGGAGGGCCUGCAGACGAUCUGCUGGGAGGCCUGAUGUCCCCCACCCUGGCUCCCACUGCUGCCCCGGCUCUAGCUCCAGCCUUGGCCCCGCUGCAGAACAGCCUCCUGGAAUCCAGCUUUGAUGCCCUGGGCUCCCUCGGGUCUCCAGCUCCGCCUGUACCGGCCGCGGUACCAAUGGUACCAUCUGCACAAGACCCUGGAACCACCACACCGGUGCCCUCUGGUGGCUUUGAUGCUUCAAUGUUUGGUGGAUUAGGCGACUUGCUGAUGCCCUCCAUAACGCCCCAGAGCACCGGCGGCAGCAGUACUGGAAGUACAGCGUCAAGCAUGGCAGCUGCCGCAGCGGGGGGCAGUGCAGCCGCUCCCCCCGCCCCCCUUCCUCCAACCAAGACCGUCGGAGGAGACCUGGACUCGUCACUGGCCAACCUGAUUGGAGACCUUGGUGUAAAGAAAAAGGACCCACAGAGUGAGAAGAAGCUAACAGGAGGGGCCAACUGGAUGCCACAUGUAGCUCCCACAAGCUGGGCUACAUCUGGAGCUCCCAUGGCUGGAGCCGCCCCUGGAGCUCCUGGGGCCCCAGUAGCAGCCAUGGUGCCACCAAUGAGCGCACAGCCUGGCUUUGGCAUGCCUCCUGCAGGUGGGCCGGUAGCUCCUGUGCGGCAGUCCAUGAUGGGGCAGCCGAUGAUGGGACAGCCCCUGAUGAGACCUCCCUACACUGGGGUGGCUGGAGCUGCGCCCGGAGCACCGAUUCCUCCAGGACCUGCAAGCCAGAGCCCCAAGAAGCCAAAGGACCCUUUGGCAGAUCUUAACCUCAAAGACUUCUUAUAACGCCCCAACUGCUUUCUUCUCUGGAGCAGAGUCCUCUCACCUUUACCUGGUGUCUGUCAACAUCUCAGGAUGUUCAGCUACUAUAAGAGCCUCUUUUCUCCACCCGACCAUCAACAACCCCCUUCUCCUGCGUCAUGUUGUAGCACAAAUUGUGAAAGUGAACCAUAUAGGAUUAUAUAUAUAUAUAUAUACAUGUAUAUAUAUAUGACAAAAAAAUACAACCGAGUGCUUAUGUAGAUGUACCAGUCUUUUGUCUAAACAAAAUCACGCAAAACCCAGAAAAAAAAAAGUCCACAAAAGUUAGUGAAAGAAAGUAUGUGUUUAGGUUUCUUUCCAGUGUUGAAUGAUGGUUGUGCUUUGGUGUCCUAAGCCCCACCUACCACCCUACAUGUGUUAUAAAGGGGGAGGAGCUCUUCUUUGUCCCACUCUGAUUGGAGGAGAGUGGUAAACAAAGCCCCGGUCGAUUUAUUCAGGAGAAAACUGUUGUGUGUUGUUUACAGAAAGUUCCUUGUUGAUGUACAUAGAUUUCUCUGGGGAGGAAUGCUUCUCCAUUCUGUAUGUUUGUUGAAGAGAAAUAUAAAUGUGAAUCUGACAUGAAAUUGUAAUAAGUCGUGUGAGUAUCCUUCUAUUUCCCAUCAUCUUCUGAAAGUAUUUGGAAACAAAUAUAAGUACCGCUACAUGGUGACUGUAUAUUGAGAAAUAACUUCCAUGGGCUUCUGAAUCAUACCAGAACAGCAAGGGAUCAUUUUAAUUUGGUUAUUUCUUUUAACUUGUGACUUAUUUCGUGUGUGUUUCUUUCAUCGCCCCGUGCUAAAUAAACAUGUUCUUUUUCUCUUAGAAUAAUCCUCCUCCAACAGCAGUCAAUAGUUGCUGGCAUUGCUAUUAAAGAACAUAUCUUACAAUAACUGCUUUAGUUCUAGUCAGAGAGGUAACCUCAAACUAGCCCUCAGUAUAACUGUACACGUUUCUACCUGCGGUUUGACUCUUCCCGUGUGGAUCGGUCCGUUGCCUGUGCUUUCUUUAUAACUAACACCAGUUCAGUAUGAUUCCUUUUUGUAUUUAGUGUAAAACAAUAUUCCAUUGCCAUACUAAACUCUACGUUCAGACAGAUCAAAUUAAUUAAGAUUAGCAGACAACUAACAUCCAGCAGGAAGGACUGUAGCAGUCGAAUAAGGUUCUGUUUACACUCACUGUUCCUCACCAAAUAGGCUUUGGGUGCAUCAUUGAGGCCUAGCAAAUGUGACGAAUGAAUUUAUAUCUUCAAUGAAACAUUUGAAAAGAGAGUUUUUGAAAACCUCAAAACGUAUGUUGUUUACACACAAAAGGGGGCCCAGGAACUGAACUCCGAAGGGUCCCCAAGUUCCACGAUGCUGUACUAACCCCAUUGUAACCGCUGCUGUGGAACUGAGUCACAGCAUGCACGGCUGCAAUGCUGCUUUGACAAUAUUAUCUUCAAAGCAAAUAAAUUAAAAAAUGUUGAUGUUGAUUUCUGUCUGAACAUGUUUUUGUUCGUUGUUAAUUUGGUCGUUGCUAACACAAAGCUCCUCUAUUCCUGCAGACUAACAACGCAGUCACUGUGUUGACAUGCAUGUGGACAGCUGCUGUGUAACCAGCGGCUCUGUGCUGUAAGCCUGCGCUGCGCGUUGUCUUUUCAGUGGACUAAAUGAGCAAUUGGUCUUUUGAACCUGAUAUGAUUCAGAGAGAACAAUGGGAGAUUAUAAACGUUUUUCAUAACUGAAUUAUUAAAACUGUAUUUUUGUUUAGUUGUGAAUUUGUUUUAUUUAUGAUGGCCCGCCCCAGUGCAUGUAAGCCCUUUGAGGUGCAAUAAAUUCAAUGACGGAGUGAA